AAGCAGUAAGGUCUUCGGGUUGUUGUCUGGCGAGAGGGCAAGGAGAGAGGAAGAUUGAUUAAGGGCACAAGCAAAAUGUCAUGGAUACAGUCUGCAGUUAAUCAGUGCGGUGAAGAUGUAUUUGAUGAAAAUGCAGACGAGAUGAACAUAGCCCAGAAAGAAUGGAAGAGUGCAAUGGAGAAACGAGUCAAGGAAGGCUAUAGGGAAGGUGUUGAAGCUGGGAAAGGGGUAACACUUCAACAAGGCUUCAAUCAGGGUUACAAAGAAGCAAUAAAGGUGAUGUUUGAAUGUAGCCAGCUCAAAGGAACCAUAAGUGCUCUUCUGUCUUGGUAUCAUCACAAUAAACACAGCCCUGUGACGCUGAAUGAGAUGACUGAUCUGCUGAAUCAAUUAAGAAUAUACGAAGAAAAUAUGCUUAAGAAUUUAAAAUGUAUAAACCCACAACUCAGUGUUGGAGAUUUGUUACAUACCCUUAAUGACAUGGAUCUUGAUCAUGAAUGCUGCGCUGUUGAACAACAUAGUAGAACCUGUGCUGAGCUUACUAAAAACAGUUGCAGAAAUAAUGGAACAAAUUCAUUUCAAAAUGAAUAUUGUGACAGGACAGAAGGUCACAAAGGUUCUAAAAGAGCAACCUUUUAUUGGCUUAAAGAAAGAACUGCCAGUAUCAUGGAACAAUUUGGUUUGUCUCCAGAUACAGUUAAACAUAUUUAGCUCUUGGCGAAAUAAAUGUAUUGCUUUAAAUUAUAUUUAUUUCUAAUAUUCUUUUUGACAAUCACAUGAUCACAGGACACUGCAAUGAUCAUAAAUACAAGAAUUGGACACAAAGUUGAGAUUGUCUUAAUACCAAGCUGUCACUGCACAAUGCAGUUGGCAAGACUACUUGUAUGGUUUCAACAGAUGAUGGUAAUUAUAUUUCAUCUUUAUUAUUUUUAUAAAUAAUCCUGUGGCUGUCCUUCAUGGUGCUAGAGACUGGGCACUGGAUAGGGGACAACAGUCUUCAGCUGAACUCUGUUAAGGGGAGUGCCUGUGGAGUUUUAUUUUUAGUUCUAGUUGGGGUUGCACUACUCCAGACAGACCCAAUGCACAACUUGGGUGUUCUCUUAGAUUUCAACUACAGCUCAAAGUGCAGGUGGCAGUCAUGACUAGGAGAGCAUUUUUGCAGCUUCAUAUUAUACGCAAACUGUGAUCUCUUCUGUAUUAUGAGGCCCUGCCCUCAGUCACUCAUUCCCUGUCAUCUCUUGUUUGGCUUAUUGCAUCACACUUGACAUGGGGCUAUUUUUGAAGAAUAUUUACAAGCUACAAUUGGCCUAGAAUGCAUUGGCAUGGGGAGGCCCCAGGGUGGCACAUAUAAAAUCACUUAUUAAAAAUGCACUGGCUGCUAAUCUGCUUCUGGGUCCAGUUCAUGCUGUUGGUUAUCAUCUUUAAAGUUCCCAGGAUAUCUGAGGAGCUGCCUUGCUCCAAUGGGACUGCCGUGCCCCAUUUGCUCUGGCAGAAAUGGCCUACUGCAGUCCCUGCUAGCCAUAGGAUUUUGCUGGUGGAGUCUAGGAAAAGAGCCUUUUCUGCCAUGGCCCCUGCCAUUGGAGCAACUUGCCACUGGAGGAGAGAUCUGCCCCCACCCUACUGGAAACCAGACUCUGCUGGAUGCCAUGAAGCCCUGAUGGAGAAUCUGCAAGCUAAAGGCGGAUGGUGCAGUGAUAAUGCACCAUCCGCCUACUGUUAUCUGAGCCAGUCUUUUAGUCUGUAUUUAAUCUUUCAUAGUUUUAAUUUGUUUUAAAUUUAGAACUGUUUUGUAUCCAUAUUUUUGUAAGCUGUCCAGAGUCACUUUGGACAGCAAGAUGAGUGAAAUACAAAUUUAAUAAAUAAAUUCAACAAAUAACUCAAGGUAGUUGAGUUAUAUCUAAUUGCCUUUCUCUUAUUUACUUCCAACAACAAUCCUGUGAGGUAAGUUGGGUCGAGAGACAGUGACUCUCAAGAUCACCCAACUAACUUUCAUGACUAAAGCAUGACUGUAACUCACAAUCUCCUAAUUUCUAGCCUGGUGCCUUAAACACUAGAUCAAUUAGUGCUUUAACUACUAGACCAGUGAUGGCUAACCUUUUCUCCAUUGUGUGCCAGGAAGGUGGGGGAGGGGUUCUAGGAGUCUCUGAAGGCUGGGGACAGCAAAAAAGUCACUUCCUGUCCAACCGAAAGUUGGGAAACGGGCCAUUUCUGGCCUCUGGAGGGCCUCCGAGGGGGUGGGAAAGGCUGUUUUUGCCCUCCCUAGACUCAUAGAGAGGAUCUGGAACCAGGUGAGAAAGAAAAAUGGGCCUUCCCCCAAAUGGCCCUCUGGAGGCAGGAAACAGCCUGUUUCCCUACUUCUGGUAGGCCCAGAAGGCCCGAAAAUCAGCUGGCGCGCCGGAGCUGAGUUCACGUGCCCACUGAUAUGGCUAAGCGUGCCACCUGUGGCAUGCGUCCCAUAGGUUCACCAUCAUGGUAGUAGACUAUUUAGAGCCCCCAACCCCCAUAUUUCUGAUGUAUCUCUUGAAAGGUUCAACAAAUACAGCAAUCGUGAAGACAGCAUAUUUAUUUGUAUCUAUGGGAAGGAAAAUGAAACAAUAAAUAUAAAAAAUACAGCAUUAGCAGUUGUCUCAAUAUCAUCCCAUGUAGUGUCUUGAUAGCUGAAUUGGCAGGAAGUAGCAGUAUACAUUUCUCAUAUUUAAUGAGUCCAUGAGCAUAAUUCAGUUUUAAAAUAUAUUAAAUAUUUUAUCUGUAUAUAAGGCCUUAUAAUUCAUAUAUCUACAUAUAAGGCCUUAUAACUCAUGAAUUAUUAAAAUUUCUUCUUGAAAUAUUUGUCUAAUUUACUUCUGUUUUGCUAUGAAUUCUUAAUCUGUAUGUCACUUUCAAGAGUUGUGGUUUGUAAAGAAGCUGUUGUAUAUUAUAGAUACAAGCUCAAAAUUCUCUGUAUCCUCUCAGGAGCUAUGAAAGAUCUUAGAAAGUCAUUACUUUAAAAAAGCAAAUCAUUGCUGUUUUAGUCCAUUGCUCCAAUAAAAAUGAACAGGUUUUCCCAUGCAUAAAAAACAAUAAAAAUAGAGUUAAUUAUUCUGAACUAGUUUAUGUCUGCAAUAACUGAUUACCAUAAGAUUAUAGUCUAUACAUCCUUGCAAUAAGGACAUAUUAUUUUCACUGUUACAAGAAAUAUAUGCAGAAGCAAUAUCUAAUUGUCAUUUAAAUUUCCUCCGAUAUGCAUCCCAUUGCUCUAUAUACAUGUAAUUUCUUUUGUGUCAUCUAAAUUUUAAGAUUAGAUACAGAUUAUUUUUUGACUUUUCUUCUAAUAAUAUUUACAAGCAAAUGAAAGAUUGUUCUGCAUUACUCAAGAGGUUUCUAACAAAUCCUGCAUAUUUAUAAAAAUGAUCAUAAUGUUAUUCUCAUCUUGUAUGUCUUUAGCAUUAUUCAAAGAAUAUGUUUUCAAUUGCUCCAUUAACUUGUUUUGCUGCUUUUUUGCAUAUUGAAAAUUGGCUGAGAGGGAUAAGAUAUAUAAUUUACUAAAAUGUACUUGUGAUUUUGAGCAUUUACUACCAAUUUUAAAUAAACUAAACUGAUACUCAA